GUUGUCUCCACCACUAAGCAGAAUGGCAGCCAUACAGUAGCUUCAUCCAGUCAAUAACAAGAGGGAAUUCUUCAUCACAGAGGGCAAUUCCAGCCAUGUUCUCCACGGUGAUCUCCAACAGCUGUGCACUCUAUGGGGACUAUGGCAACUAUGGACCUCCCCCAUACCCCAGGAAGAACAUCAGACCCAGAGCUUCACUUCAACACAACCCAUAUAACCCAUACAGGCCAUACCUGAGGAGGGUGGACACAAGAGUAUCUUUAGCCAAUCCCAAUAAAAUCUCCAGGGCCACCAGUAGGGGUCAGUAUGUCACCAUGCCUGUUCACCAUCCAAAGCUGCAUCCACUGCCGGUCAGUCAGAGGAUUAUCCAAUCACAGCACAAAGCAAGGCAGACCAGGAGUGCUGAGAGGUUCUCCAGUUAUGAUACAAGCUCCUGGGUUGAGAACGGCUCUAGUAAACCUAAUAGAGGGAAGAAAACACAGAACAAGGCCACAUCUUCUUCUUCCAAGAGUACAGGAGACAUAAGACACAAGAGUUCCAGUUCUAAUGGUCGCCAGCACCAUCGCUACUUCACCAAGGAUGGCAUGUGUCGUGGCUCAUCAUACAGCUCCAAGAACAAGAUGUGUGACCUGAUCGGCACCCUGGUGGAUCUGAAGUACAGCUGGAUCCUAUUUGUCUUCACCCUGUGCUACAUCGUCACCUGGGCAGCCUUCGCAGAGCUCUACUUCCUGGGUGCCUGGCUGCGUGGUGAUAUGGAACACAUACAAGACCCGCAAUGGCAGCCAUGCUUUGAGAAACUGGACAGUUUCCAUUCGGCCCUCUCUAUCUCCAUGGACAGCCAAAUCAUCAACGGCUACGGCUCUAGAGUGGCCUCAGCCAACUGCAUGGACGGGCUGGUUCUCAUGAUGGCACAGUCCAUCAUUGAAUCAGUGUUAGACACCAUGAUGCUGGGCUGCAUCCUGGCCAAGCUAGCCAAGCCUAAGAGGAGGCUGCCCACUCUGUUUUUCAGUCAGCACUGUGUGGUCUCUGAGAGGGAUGAGAGGCUGUGCCUGAUGUUCAAUGUCAAGACUCUGAAAGAGACACACAUGCUGGUGGCAGAGAUAAGAGCCAAGCUGAUCAAAUCUCACCAUACCAAAGAGGGAGAGUUCAUCCUGUUGGAGCAGAGAGAGCUGACUCUGGGGAUGGGGCCAGAUGGGGCCAGGCUGUUCACAGUGGAGCCCCAGACCGUGGAGCAUGUCAUUGAUGAACAAAGUCCUCUCUGGGGCAUCAGCGCUGACUCCUUAGAGUGGCAUACCUUUGAAAUUGUGGUCAUGGUGGACGGAGCCGUUCAAGACGCAGGCACAGCCUUCCAUGUGAGGACCUCCUACACGGAAGAUGAGAUUUUUUGGGGACAGUGCUUUAAGUCAUACAAGCCACUAGACGAGAGGGGGAUUGGUUCCAAUCACAAGACCUCUGAUAAGAACUAUAAGGUCCAGACUGCCACGCACAGUAACAGAGAGAUGGCAGUGAGACAAAGACAUGAGAGAUCCCCUGGACAUGACACAGACUCUGUCCCCUCCAACAUGUCUACAAGGAAAGUACAUUACCAGUAUUUAUCUGAUCAAAUGUUACUGUGCAACUCAGUCACUAAUAACAAUGGCACAGGAACUAGGAAACUUAGUAAGAAUGAGUUCUUUAUAUAAAUAUUGACAUUUGACAAGUCGGCAUAGAAGUUUUAAUCAACGUUUAUGAAAUCAAGACACACUGUACAUAUCCUUCAGAAUGUUAAUACAAUGUAAAUAAACAAAUGCUGAUGACCAAUAUCUAAAGCUGCCAUUUAUAUAUCUAAUUUAUCAAACUUUCUGAAUACUAAUUUGUAAACGUGAGAACAGCACCCCUUGUGCUAGCCAAGCACUUGUGUGAUAUACAGUUACAAUUAUGCUGAUUGUAUUAGUUCUUAUUGGUCUCCUUACAAAAGGUAUCUCACUGCCCAUACAUCAAGUUCUCCCAAUUAAGAUUGUCAUUAUGAUUGUAUUGCCAUGUGCUGUGCCGAUUUGAUAAACGGACAAAUGAAUGUCAGCAUUACUGUCUAUUCACCAGCAAAGGGGAUAUCUCAUUCACAUACCAUCAUAGACUCUUGCCAAAGUUGAUAUUUAUGUAAAUUUACAGUAUGUGUUACAAUUCCCUUUAAUCAAUCCAUUAUGUUUUUGGAUGUAAACCCACACUCAUUCCCAGUCUGCAUGUCAACACACAGUAUUAGUCUGCCACAUCCACCUCAGGUCACAGACAGACAGACAGACAGACAGACAGACAGACAGACAGACAGACAGACAGACAGA